CCUCUGUUCCCACCUCGCAAUCCAACAAGCCAAGAAACCACCACCACAACCGGCACCGGCGAGCAACGAGCCAGGCAAGGCUUCGCUUCCGUCGCUCGCUCCGUUCAUCUCUCUCCGAUUCAGCGCCGGCAGGGAGGCAGCCGAGCACCCAAGGCCAUGGCGGUGGACCUCAUGUCCUGCGGCAGCGGCGGCGGCGGCGCGUACGAGCACCUCGCGUUCCAGGAGGCCGCCGCGGCGGGGCUCCGCAGCCUGGAGCUGCUAGCGUCCUCGCUCUCGCCCCGAGCCGCCGGGCGCGCGGAGUCCCCGCCGUUGGGCCAGAUCGCCGACCAGGCGGUGUCCCGGUUCCGCCGCGUGAUCAACCUGCUCGACCGCACGGGCCACGCCCGCUUCCGCCGCGCGCCGGCCGCACCGCCCGCGACGGAGACGCCUCCCGAGUCUCCUCGCCCCGCGCCCGUCUCGCAGCCGGCGGCGGCCGCGCCGCAGACGAAGAGCCUGACGCUGGACUUCACCAAGCCGACCCUGGAGGCCAAGGCGUCCGCGCCGGCGGCAUCCGCGACGUCGACGUCGUUCCUGUCGUCCGUGACGGCGGGCGGCGAGGGCAGCGUGUCCAAGGGGUGCAGCCUGGCGGCCGUGUCCUCCGGCAAGCCUCCCCUGCCGAAGCGCAAGCACCCCGCCUCCGGCGCCGCUGCCGCGGCCGCCGCCGCCCCCACCGCGCACCACCACCACGGCGAGCCCGGCGCCGCGCGGUGCCACUGCUCGAGGAAGCCGAAGCGCAGCCGUCACGGGCUGUCUCGCCGCACGGUGCGCGUGCCCGCCGCCGCGGGGGCGCCGGGGCCCCAGUCGUCCCACGCGCCGGCGUCCUCCGACAUCCCCGCCGACGAGUACUCGUGGCGCAAGUACGGGCAGAAGCCCAUCAAGGGGUCCCCCUACCCGCGCGGGUACUACCGGUGCAGCAGCGCCAAGGGGUGCCCCGCGCGGAAGCACGUGGAGCGCGCCGCCGACGACCCCGCCACGCUCGUCGUCACCUACGAGGGCGACCACCACCACGACGCCCCCGCCGGCGCCGCCCGCGCGCCGUGAACGAAGAUCAUUAGUCCUAGCAGAGUAGCUGCUGUAGCACGCUUGUUCGAUUUGUUCUUUGGGUUAGCGGUAGAUGAUCAAGCUCGUGCUUCUUCCUGUAAAGAAAACCAUCAAUCAAAGAGAGCCUCUCCAAUUGCAUCCCCAAUCCGCAAUUUUCAUGACAAUUCCAAGCUAUCAUCUUUCUCAA